CACACACACAGCUGGCGAUCCCUUCCGCACAUUUCUCGCUCUACAGCAAACGGAUUCUUCCCCCAAGGAAAAGCUCUAGAUUUCCCCCGCCCACUCUCGGCCUUUCAGAGGAGGCGGUGCCCGGGAUCGGCAGUAGUCCUCGCUAGAGUGCGGGCGUCGGGACCGUCCAUUGUUGCCUGGAAGGGAGGGGUGGGCGUGGCGGAGCCACCUCCUCGGCCGACUCUCCCGGGUCGACCUCGCUCCCAGUCCUGCAGGAAGGAGCUGCGGCGCCAAGAUGAGCGGAGAGGAGAACCCAGCCAGCAAGCCCACGCCGGUGCAGGACGUGCAGGGUGACGGACGCUGGAUGUCCCUGCACCAUCGGUUCGUGGCUGACAGCAAAGAUAAGGAACCCGAAGUCGUCUUCAUCGGGGACUCCUUGGUCCAGCUAAUGCACCAGUGCGAGAUCUGGCGGGAGCUCUUUUCUCCUCUGCACGCACUUAACUUUGGCAUUGGCAGUGACAGCACGCAACAUGUGCUUUGGCGACUGGAGAAUGGGGAGCUGGAACACAUCCGGCCCAAGAUUGUGGUGGUCUGGGUGGGUACCAACAACCACGGGCACACAGCAGAGCAAGUGACUGGUGGCAUCAAGGCCAUUGUGCAACUGGUGAACCAACGGCAGCCCCAGGCCCGGGUCGUGGUGCUGGGCCUGCUUCCGAGGGGCCAGCACCCUAACCCACUUCGUGAGAAAAACCGGCGAGUGAACGAGCUGGUCCGGGCAGCACUGGCUGGCCACCCACGGGCCCACUUCCUGGAUGCCGACCCUGGCUUUGUGCACUCAGACGGUACCAUAAGUCACCAUGACAUGUACGAUUACCUGCAUCUGAGCCGCCUGGGCUACACACCUGUCUGUCGGGCCCUGCACUCCCUGCUUCUGCGUCUGCUGGCCCAAGACCAGGGCCAGGGUGUCCCCCGGCCAGAGGCUACACCCUAAGCAUCCUUCUUCCCCAUUAAAUUCUCAUUCCUUA